GAUCUUUCGGUCUCCCUCUCUCCCCCUCGCCUGCAAAGAAGAGUCGAAAGAAGAACAUUCCGGAAGGGCAAAAUGGUUCAACGACUCACUUACCGGACACGGCACAGCUACGCCACCAAAUCCAACCAGCAUCGCGUCGUCAAGACACCCGGUGGGAAGCUGGUGUAUCAGAGCACCAAGAAGAGAGCAAGUGGCCCCAAGUGUCCUGUUACUGGAAAGAGAAUCCAAGGGAUUCCUCACUUGAGACCCACUGAAUAUAAGAGGUCCAGAUUGUCCAGAAACCGCAGAACUGUGAAUCGUGCCUAUGGUGGUGUGUUGUCCGGAGGUGCUGUUAGGGAGAGGAUAAUUCGUGCCUUCUUGGUUGAAGAACAAAAGAUUGUGAAGAAGGUUCUGAAGAUCCAGAAGGCUAAAGAAAAGCAGGCCACAAAGAGCUAGGAAAUUGGAUCUUUCUAUCAUGACACAGUAAAAUGUGAUUUGGACUAAUAGAUUUGGUUGAGUGAAAUUUUGGUGCGAUUGUGGCUACAAUGAAAUCUUUUAAUCAUUUUCAUUCAAGUAUUUGUUUGAUAAUUUGACACUGAUUAGUUGGGUACUUCCCUAUCCACUUUGGCGAUGAAACAAUUGUUGGUUUUCUAUUUUUGAUAAUUUAAGAAGAUAUUUGUUUUCAUUCUGCAUUCUGCUUUUAAUUAAUUGGGAAUUUGGCA